AUGACCACGAGGGACAUUGUCAGUUUCCUCAAGCGACUGGACGGCACGAUCGAUAUACCUCAAAAGAUCAAGAUUGACGAAAUCAGAGAGCUGGCCACUCGACUGUCACCCGAUCCUGGCAGAUUUCCCUAUGACCCCUGUCUUGUUGGCAAGACUAUUGCCCAAAUAAAGGAAAUGCUGCGUAACCUUGAAAACCCGAUUGAGGCCCCUCGCAAACUGAAGAUUGAUGAGCUUAGGAAAUUUGCUACAGAGAAAUUGCAGGAACAAGACUUGGACUCGGGCUCUGAGCUGACGGCCAUCUCUGAUCGCGCCACAUCUGACUCUGAGAGUGGAUCCGAAGAUGAGGACAUCAAACCGGUGAAGGAUACCCGCACUGGUGGUCGCGUCCCGACUUCAAGCCCCCCUGCGCAAGAGCUAACCAGCGGGAGUCCCUCGUGUUACCGUGAUGACACCAUCAGUACUCCAGUGUCAGGCAGUACCUGUGGCCCACGAACGCGCUCCAGUGCGCGUUUCAAGACUCCAGAAAAAGGCGACACCAUCAGUACUCCAGUGCCAGGCAGUACUCGUGGCCCACACACGCGCUCCGGUGGGCGUUUCAAGGCUCCAGAAAAAGGUAAAUCUGUUGAUGUCAGUCCGGCUUCAAACCCAACUCCGACAAAAUGCCCAGCUCCCAAACCGGCGAAGCCCGUAACCCAGCACAAACCGGCUAAGCAACCACCCGGUGAACCCCAACGGGAAGUGAACAAAUCGCCACAUUUGUGGCAUCCAGGAAUGCCGCUCAUCUUCUCUACCCCGCGACAGGAUGAAGUUCCCGCGGCGUCUUGCUCCAUGCCACACCCGCCAGCAACAACCUCAAAGAACGUUUCCAUCAUUGAUUCACCAGUGGGACGCACCAAAUCUGAACCACUAACCCCGUCCAAGCUUCAAGAUCGAUCACCGGUUGCAUCAUCAUCCAAGAAAUCCUCCGGCAGAAUCAGUCCGAUCCUAAUCGAUAUCAUAUCCAGCAAAAUUCCCUCUGACGCAGCGCAUCUUGCAAUAAAACCCGACCUCUUCCAAUCCGACGACAUGCAGAUUUUAACGACCAUCAAUUUCUCAAAGUCAUUGCCGGAUAAUGCCAAUUCCAGUGUGAAUGAUACUGCCCCGGCCAUCUACAUGGAUGUGCCGUUGGACGCGGUUAACGUUCCCAUUUCGCCCUCGAAUGCCAACUGUAGUAUGACUCAUAUUCCCUCGGACAUCUACUCGAAUGCGCCGUUGGAAAUGUGUAACAUCCCCCUUCUGCACUCAAUCUUACCAGUGAAAAGCGUAUCCCUAUUGCCACAGAAGAAAAAUAGUCUCAAAGUCCAGGACAAUCAGCUAUGCGAGUCUAAGCGCAACGGCACCAUCAGCGAAUCCAUUGUGCCCAUGGAAGUGGACACUGAUUAUCACAAGGCCCCCAUUGAGGAUCCUAUUGAAGAACCCGGGCCGCGCACCUCGCCCCCCCCGCCAUUUGUGCCUCUGACAAGCAUCACGCCACUGCAACAACAACCAGAGAGUCAACUCCCACCAGCGCCCCCAACGACCCACUUCGGAUCCACUACUUUUGAAUUUUGGGUUCCUGCGUACACUCGGCCGGUUGAUUUUAAGCAAGUCGGCUGCUCUACGCCAGAGCAAACUGAAGCUUUCAAAACUGGCAAGCCCAGCGUCUGGGACAGGCCUUCCAUCAAGGCUGAGGAGAACACCCCAGCCCUUGAGACCGCCCCUGCCGCUCCUCAGCUCCCAGAAGCUGGCUCAAAGCUCCCAACCGUCAACGAGGAGGAAGACUCGUCUUCCCCGCCACUCCCGAAGGCAGAGGACGACCCCACAGCCCCUCCUCAGCUUCCAGGGGCUGUCUCGGAGCUCCCAACCGUCGACGAGGAGCAAGCCUUGUCUUCCCCGCCAUUCCCGAAGGCCGACGACGGCGCUCCAGCCCCCCCUCAGCUUCCAGGGACUGUUUUGAAGCUCCCAACCGCCGUCGAAGAGCACGUCCCGUCUUCCCCGCCACUCCCGAAGGCCAAGGACGACGCCCCAGCCCCUCCUCAGCUCCCUGAAGCUGCCUCAACGCUCCCAACCGCCGACAAGGGGGACACCCCCUCCUCCCCGCCGCUCUCAAAGGCCAAGGACGACCCCCCAGCCCUUCCUCAGCUUCCGGAGCUCCCAACUGUUGACAAGGAGGAAGCCUUGUCUUCCCCGCCAUUCCCGAAGGCGGAUGACGGCGCUCCUGCCCUCCCUCAGCUUCCAGGGGCCGUCUCGGAGCUCCCAACUGCCGUUGAAGAGCACACCCCGUCUUCCCCGCCACUCCCAAAGGUCGAGGACGACCCCCCAGCCCUUCCUCAGCUUCCAGGGUCUGUCUCGGAACUCCCAGCCGUCGUCGAGGAGGACGCCCCGUCUUCCCUGCCACUCCCGAAGGCCGAGGACGACGCCCCAGACACUUCGACCGCCCCGGCUCUUCCUCAGCUCACAGAAGCUUCAUUGGAGUUGCUAAUUGCCGCCAAGCAGGACGUUUACUUUUCCCCGUCACUCCCAAGGGCUGAGGACGACGCCUCAGGCUCAGACUCUACGACCGCCCCAGCGGCAAACCUUCAUUUUGAGCCUUGUCUAUCACCUUCUACGACAGUAAUGGAAUCAGCUGACCAAUCCAUCCCUGAAACGUACCACCCCCUCGGCGAUAGUCCUUCAAUCCGAGCCGUACACGCCUCUCCAGCAUUCCUUGCGAGCCUGUCUAACUCACUCGCAGAUGACAGUGAGGAUGAGAUCCUCUAA